CUCUGUGCCGUCGGGGGAGUCUCCUUUAAAUCCUGCCGCGUCACUGGGAUGCGGUUGAAGCCGGCUCCGAGGCACUGCACAUCCCGCUCCCGUGCCCACCAGCAGCGCACCAUCUCUUCAACUUGAGACCAAAGAUGACAACAAAUUUAACCCACGAAAUGCCACAAGAUCAGCGCUUCCUGGUACUUUUCGAUUUCGACGAAACCAUCAUCAGUGAGAGCAGUGACGAUGCUGUGGUGCGGGCCCUCCCAGACCAGCAGCUCCCUGAUUGGUUAAUAAACAGCUAUAGGGAGGGGCAUUACAAUGAGCACAUGCAGAAGGUAUUGGCCUACAUGGCAGAAAGGGGUGUGACCAAGGACUCCAUCCAAUCAGCUGUGGAGACAAUAACCCCCACUCCUGGUCUACUUGUGCUACUACAAUUUCUCCAAAACCACAAACAAGACUUCGAGCUAGCCGUGGUAUCGGAUGCUAAUAUGUAUUUCAUCAAAACAUGGUUAGAAAGAGCAGGGGUUAGCCAUCUUUUUAGGAAAAUCUUCACAAAUCCAGCUAGUUUUGAUGCAUCAGGCCGGCUUGUGCUACUACCUUUUCAUUCACACUCAUGUAAGGAUUGUCCUGAUAACAUGUGCAAACAGGUGAUCUUACGGGACUAUCUGGCAGGAAGGCAGAAGGAGCGAGGGGGGAUGGCCUUUCAGAGGGUCUUUUAUAUCGGAGAUGGAGCCAACGAUAUUUGCCCCACGCAAGCUUUAGGUCCACGGGAUACAGCUUUUCCAAGGAGAGACUUCCCCAUGCACAGGCUGCUGAUGGAGAUCCAGAAGUCCCAGCCGGCCCAGUUCAAGGCCAACAUGGUGCCCUGGGCCAGUGGAGAGGAUAUAAUGGACUGCCUGAAGAAAGUCCUGGAGGAGAGAUGAAAUACACACAUUUUCAAUACAAUCCCUUGAAAUAAUUCUAGGCAUU